GAAACUGUGCUUCUCGACCGGAACCCAGGCCCCUUCAUCUGCCACAGCACACCUGACACCGCUCUCGACAGGAGUGGAAACUAAAAAGAAGGGAGGGAAUUCUUCGCCAGCGGCAGUCGUUUGUAGUGUGUGCUGCUGACAAACUAACAUGUUGUCGGAAGGCAGCUCCUUCAUGAAGGGGAUGGCCCUGGGAGGCAUAUUCUGUCUGUUGUUGUCCCUGUUAGGGAGCUUCACACCAGGCAUGCAGUCUAGCCCAGAGGACCAGCACCACCACCACCACAUCAAGGCUCCCACCAACGACGAGCUACAGAGCCUGUCCGAGCCCCAGAUGGUGGAGCUGAGCCAGAAGGUGCGAGUCUAUUGCGUCAUCAUGGUUCAGCCUAAGGUCCUAGUGUAUUGGGCCACAGCCAAGGACACCUGGGGUAAACACUGCGACCAGGCUGUAUUCUACAGCUCCGAGUCAGCCAAAGCUCUGGAAGCGGUGGACCUUAACGAACAGGACGAGUGGGCCAAGCUGCACAAGGCCCUGAAGCACGCGUACGACAAUUCCGGUGACCUGCGCUGGUUCUUUGUGGCGCGGCCUACCACCUUUGCCAUUAUUGAGAACCUCAAGUACCUCGUUCUGGCCAAAGACCCCAACGAGCCCUUUUACAUCGGCCACACCGUGAAAUCGGGCGAACUGGAGUACGUUGAGUACGAGAGCGGCAUCGUGCUGAGCUACGAGGCCCUCAGAAGGCUGGUGAAUGUGUUCAAAGACGGGGAGAAGUGUCCAGAGCGAGGCAGGUCCCUUUGGAAGCUAAGCGAGGAGAAACAGCUGGCUAUAUGUCUGAAGUACACUGGGGUGUUUGCAGAGAACGGUGAGGACACACAGGGCAAGGGGCUGUUCAACAGUAAGAGUGUGGGUUCACUCAUCGAAGACAGCAUGUCCAAAAACUCUUUGGAUGUGGUGGAGGGCUGUUGCUCUGACUUAGCCAUCACCUUUAGCGGAAUGUCACCAAACCAGAUGCAGGUCAUGAUGUUUGGGGUUUACAGACUACGCCCGUAUGGGCAUAACUUCCAUGAUUCCUUGAUAUUCCUGCCACCCGAGGGCUCUGACAAUGACUAAAGUGCAAGGCUUCCCCCUUUGGGCCAGACAUGGAAUUAAAAAGACUGCUGCUGUGUGAUGUCAAGUCGAACUGUUGAACUGUUGAACGGUUUUCUUAUUCAGUUUGUAUACAUGCGAGAGGGUGGCAAAUCUUUAGUCUUUUAUACCUUUUGAAAUUUGCACUCCGCACAAUACAAUUGUGGUUGUGAAGAAUGAAUGAACAGAUGUAGGCUAAUGCAGUGCUAUGAAGAAAUAUAUCUAAUUCUUUCACACAAUUAAUUAAUUUACUUUCAUUGGUAUGUGUGGCUAAUUUGGUUUAAUUAGGCAAAUACAAGGCCACACAGAGUGAACAUUUGGUGAAAUUGAUCAAGUAUUGAGAUGACUGUAAAAGUCUGUAAACAAAUAGUUUGCUCCACAUGAUUGUUGUCAUUGUAAUGAAAUUAAUGUUGGUGGAUUUGUUUUGUUUUUUGUUUAUUUUGUAACUAUUUUACCCACUUGGAAAACCAGGUAAAAUAAAAAUGGACUGAAAUUGA